AUGUCAUAUUGCGGGCACUGCGAAGCACAUACUCCAGAAAUAUACAUCGAUGAAAUUGAUCCAUCACGGAGCCACGCACCAUGUAUAAAGUGCGGCAAGGAUAAGCCAUUCCUCAUAAGGACCGGCAUACAUCAGGGAUCCCUCUUUACAUUACUCUUCAUCACAGUCAUGGAUGCAGUGACAGGAGGUCUUAAGCAACAGCCUCCACUGGCUUUCCUAUACGGAGGUGAGGCGGAGUUGAUGUUAGAAAACAGUAAAGAAUUUGAAGAAGAAGUACAGAGAUAG